ACCAUUUUUGUCAUUUUCUUCUCUUUUGGCACAAUUAGUUCACCGUCUCCGGCAGAGUCCACAUUGAGAGAGUUCACCGUCUCCGGCAAUGUCGGAAAUCGAAACGGCCGACGAACUUCAGCGCAGGGAGUUUGAAGAAGCUCUAGAAGUCAAAUCCCUCCGUCGUAUCAUCAGCGCCUACCUCAAUUAUCCUGAAGCUGCAGAAGAGGAUGUGAAAAGAUGGGAAAGGUCUCUUACAAAGCUACCGCCGCAUCAUAAGGCCCUAUUGUCUCACCUUCCGUCGAAGUUUCAGAAACUGAGAUGGUGCAUCACUGAAAAUUCAUAUUUCAUAUUUGAGAUGCUAAAGAUGUUUGAGCCCCCUCUUGAUAUGAGUCAGGAUGUUGAUAUUCGUGAAAACCAACAUCUAGAUGAUGUGUCAGGUAGUCAUCACUUUUCUAGAUCAAGGAACCUUUGCUUAUGUGAGUCAACGUCAACUAGUGGUGGAGUAGAUUGCCACUGCUUGGCUGAACCGAGCUCUAAAGAGACCUGCAAUGGGAAGUACCCGGCACCAUUUAAUAAGGAGCAAGAGGUUGAUGAUUGUAAGAGCCUUCCAAACCAGGACACGUUAUAUGCUUCUGCUUGUUGCAAUGGAAAGGUAUCCUCAUCACCUCCGGAAUGGUUGGACCCAUCUUUGCAGCUGCAUGUUCCACUGGUUGAUGUGGAUAAGGUUCGUUGUAUCAUCAGAAACAUUGUAAGAGAUUGGGCCAACGAGGGUCAAAAAGAACGUGAUCAGUGUUAUAGGCCCAUUCUGGAAGAGCUUGAACGCCUAUUUCCUAAUCGAUCUAAUGAAAAUCCUCCAGCCUGUUUGGUUCCUGGCGCUGGACUUGGAAGACUUGCACUAGAAAUUUCAUGUCUUGGUUUUGCUAGCCAAGGAAACGAAUUCUCAUACUACAUGAUGAUCUGCUCCAGUUUUAUUCUUAAUCAUACUCAAGCUGCUGGUGAAUGGACAAUCUUUCCGUGGAUACACAGCAAUUGCAAUUCGGUGUCAGACAAUGAUCAGCUUCGUCCCGUCUCUGUUCCAGAUAUUCAUCCGGCUAGUGCAGGUAUUACUGAAGGCUUUUCCAUGUGUGGUGGUGAUUUUGUUGAGGUUUAUAGUGAUCCAAGCCAAGCAGGAGUUUGGGAUGCAGUUGUGACUUGUUUCUUCCUAGACACUGCCCAUAACAUUGUGGAGUAUAUUGAGAUUAUCUCAAAAGUCCUCAAAGAUGGUGGAGUCUGGAUAAACCUGGGGCCCUUGCUUUAUCAUUUUGCAGAUAUGUAUAGUCCAGAAGAUGAAAUGUCUAUUGAUCUGAGCUUGGAGGAUGUGAAAAAGGUCGCUCUUCAUUAUGGAUUUAUAUUCGAGAAAGAAUCAACUAUUGAGACAACAUAUACUACAAAUCUUAGGUCAAUGAUGCAAAAUCAAUAUUAUGCUGCCUUCUGGACAAUGCGUAAGAAAACAAAGGCGACUCUGUAGUUAAGCAACAAAUAGUUUGCAUCCCUGUGUUGUGGAAUACCAAUGAAUUCACGCUGAUUCACUUAGUCCUGUUGAAGGCAUGCAUAUUCAAGACUAGGAGGACGAUUUUCAUAAAUCUAUUAUUUUUAGCGUGACAGAUUUAAACAAGAUUUUGUUUUCUUUGAUCAAUGUAAUGGAGAUGGAUGAAUGACUAUUCAAAUUUAAA